GACCUAUCAGGGCGCCACUACCAUGUACGAGCGUUACUACGAAUCUCCAUAUGCCAAAUAAGAGAUACCAGGCACAGUCGCCCAAUCCAUUGGCCCAGAUUCCUUUCUUUCCAUGGUGCUAGCACCGGCGUCGACGGCAACUUUGACGGCCGCGAGGCUCACCGCCUCAGUCGGCGGCGCUCUCCAUGUCCACUCAGCAAGAUACGGGCUUCUCGUGAAGUUCCCAUCAUUCUCUCCAAAGAGAGUUUCUCCCGCCGCCGUAUCCCUCCGGUCACGCCGCCACCUCUUAACCUGCACAGCUCUCUACAAGACCAAUUUCAGCGUCAAGGAGGAGGGCACGCCGGAAACGCUGGAUUACCGCGCCUUCUUCAUCGAUUCGGCGGGCAAGAAGGUUUCACCGUGGCAUGACAUUCCGUUGCAUUUGGGGGACGGGGUGUUCAAUUUUGUUGUGGAGAUCCCCAAGGAUUCGAGCGCUAAGAUGGAGGUCGCCACCGAUGAGCCUUUCACUCCCAUAAAGCAGGAUACAAAGAAGGGAAAACUUAGAUACUAUCCGUACAAUAUAAAGUGGAAUUAUGGGCUACUUCCACAGACAUGGGAGGACCCAUCAUAUGCCAACCCAGAGGUUGAGGGGGCCCUAGGUGAUAAUGAUCCAGUUGAUGUUGUUGAGAUUGGUGAUGCUCGGGGUAAAAUUGGUGAUGUUCUAAGGGUCAAACCUGUGGCGGCCUUGGCUAUGAUUGACGAAGGCGAACUUGAUUGGAAGAUAGUUGCAAUUUCCUUGAAUGAUCCCAGAGCUUCUCUUGUAAAUGAUAUGAAUGAUGUUGAGAUAUAUUUUCCGGGUACUCUUACCGCCAUAAGAGACUGGUUCAGGGAUUACAAGAUUCCAGAUGGAAAACCUGCUAAUCAAUUUGGCCUAGGCAACAAGCCUGCAAACAAGGAUUAUGCUUUGAAGAUAAUCACUGAGACAAACGAGUCUUGGGCUAAAUUAAUCAAGAGAUCCGUUCCAGCUGGAGAGCUUUCGCUGGUGUGACUAUCAUUAGGAACCCGCAGAUGGUUUUUUUAUCAUUUGCAUAUUUUAAUACUGAAAAUACGAUAAUACAUUUAAUUUUUUUUGCUGGUAAUCUACUUUGAUGCACAGUGCAAUAGUAUAAAAUUUAUCAUUAGGAGUUCAUUUCUUUUGCAUUCAA